GUGUAGCAGAAGAUAGCGCCUAGGAACCACCGUUCUCGCGGAUAAUUGACAUAAUUGUCGCCAGUGAUAAAGCAGUGAUCAGGUUAUUGUCAGGGGACUCAUUUAUCUCAAUAGGUGCUGUUUUUUCGCUAUGGCUCCAUCAUCAAGAUUCUAAGAGGCAGUCUAAUUGGAAGUUGAUAACGGCUAGCAGGUGGAGGCUCGCCGAGCGUUGCAAGCACGGCGCUCGCCGCUAACUUUCAUGCCAAACUUUGAAGCUUGAGUUCGGAACAGUGAAAGUUGCGAGGAUCUGUGAACUUAGGAAAAAUGUUGGGUAAAUAUUUAUCUUUUUAAAUAUUUAAUCAGUGACACCCGAAGCGUAAUUUGCACCUGUAGCUUUUUAUUAAAAUAUUUUUGAUAUCAAAAAGUGGUAUUGAAAUCAAGUUUAAGUCAAAAUGUUGGAUCAGGAUUUGUUAUCGAAGAAUGGAUUAGGUGACGUGCAGCAGCCACCACCACACCUGGCUUCAUACUCUCAGUUCCAGCAAUACCAACAAACCAUGGCUGGAUAUAACAACAUGGGAUAUGGCUUCCCUGCAGCCAUGUACGCGCAGAAUGGCUACGGCUACUCCUUAGCGGGAUAUCCACACGCAUCCAGUCCUGCGUCUGAUGUGACGGAGAAGCCGGAGGGGGGAGAGGUGCGCGUCACAGCUAAGGGCAAAAAGAUACGCAAGCCGCGCACCAUAUACUCAAGUCUUCAACUUCAACAGCUCAACAAGAUGUUCCAACGCACCCAGUAUCUUGCCUUGCCCGAGCGAGCUGAACUCGCAGCUAAACUCGGUCUAACUCAAACUCAGGUCAAAAUCUGGUUCCAGAACAAGCGGUCCAAGUUCAAGAAGAUCUACAAGACCCAGGGGGGCGGACCGCCUCUUGGGGGAGACGCUGAGCUGGCGGGGGAGAUGCAGAACAACUUGGGGCUCAUGGUGAACGGCCCCGAGUCCCCAGCCUCCCCAGCCUCCACCAUCGACCACAGUCUAGACUCCCACCAAGCCUCGGGACUGGGGCCAUCAUCUGGGAGAGGGGGAGGUGCCCCCUCAACCGCCACUCCUGAGCCCCACGGCCACUCCUCACACUCAUCCCCCGCUGGGGGAUCAGGUGGGGGUUCUAGGUCCAGUGGGGGGAGCCAGAUGUUGCACCAUCAACAGGGGGAGCGCCCUCACUCCCACCAGUCCCCCGCGGGGCACAAUGAACUGCAACAAACAAUGAAGUGUGAGAUGAUGAACUCCCCCGCGGAGAUGAUGUCACUGCAACACAGAGACCACAUGACGUCACCCAGAGACAUGAUGACUUCACCACCCAUGCCUUCUCCUAAGGAUAUGAUGAUCCCGGCGAUGCAUGGAAAUCCUAUUGGAAAUCAUAUCCAGGGAGGACCCAUGGAUCCUAGGAGGAUGGCUAUGGAUGCAGCCGCAGGACACAUGGCUGGGUAUCCUAUCCAUCAUCCACACGCAGGACAUCCAGGACAUCCACAAUGGGAUCCAGCAUCCACGUAUAUGUACUGGAACCACUACGGCGACAUGGCGGCAGCUCAUCAGAUCAACCAGCAGAUUAUGACAUAGGUUUCCAUUAUCUUUAUUUUUUAUUUUCAUCCUAAAAAUUUUUUCGCCAAACGUAAGAUCAGGAAAAUGUUGGAAGAGUUUUUUGUACUGUUCAAGUUUAUUGAUACGUUCAAAAAAUUUUAGGAACCAUGCAAAAUAAAUGUGUUGAGAAUAUUUCAAACAAUAGCUUUACGAAUUUGUUUAUUACGUAGUCGAAAAAAUGUGCAUAUCGCAAAUUAUUAUUUUUUGGUAACAUAAUUUUAUUGAUCAGUGACUUCAAUU